UCAUAUGGGAUAGGUUUAUUUCGAUGUGGAUUGACUGUCAAGCCAAUCCACGUACUGCUCACUUGGACAACGUAGGCGGCGUGUGGUAUGGUACCGGGUAGGCCAACGGCCAGAGCUUCCGGAACUUUUCGUGUACCGAAAGCUUGCCACGUCAAUCCGUGAACAACCGCCCAACUUUUGUACCGUCGCUACAACCCCCAGGCGCAGACUCAGCAGGCCAAUUGGGAGCUGAAACGAACCGGAAUACUGAAAAAUAGUAUUUCGAUCGCGAGCGAGUUGGAAUCUUCCCCAGACCGGGUCGAACCGCACACAAUUACCUCAUCGCAUCGCUCCCUGCCAACUUUUCGGUCACCAUGGGCUUCACCACGGGUUUUACCGGCGGUGUCGCCCUCACCCUUUCGGUGGCCUACCUCUCCGUCCUGACGCACCAGCGCAACCGCGAACAGCAGGGUGCCGCCCUCCGCGCGCAAGCGUUGGCCCUCCAGUCUCUCGUGGACCCGAUCCCCCAACCGCUGCCGCCGACGAGGUCAGAGGUGGCCGCGGAGCAGCGCGCGCAUACGGUCGAGGUCGCCAAGGACCGCUGGAACCACGAGAUUGAGAACGCAGUGCACUGGGCACAGAACACAGACUGGGACGGUGUGAGGGAGCGCAUCGAGAAGGAGUCUGCGAGGUUAUGGACCAAGGUGACGGGGGAGACGCCGGCUGAGGAGGUCGAACGGGUCAAGGAGACGGCCAAGGUCAAGACGGCCGAUGUCACGGGUGGCGUGGCCGAUGCGGCGCGAGCGGCGUACAGCAAUGCCAAGGCCAAGGGGCUGAGCGUGGAGGAAGCGGCGGAGAACAAGGCGCUCGAGGCGCGACUCAAGUUUGACAAGACGGCGACCAAGGUCGAGUGGGCGGCCGAGGACAAGGCUGUCGAGGCCAGGGGCGCACUGGCAUCGGCGUGGGAGAGCGGCAAGGACAAGGCCAUGGAGCUGGCUGACAAGGCAAAGGCAGCCGUUGGUGCCGCUGAGGAUAAGAUUGAGCCUACAGUGGAUGGAAAGAUCGUGCCUGGGACCACGGCCGUGGAGAAGGCGCUGCACGAGCGGUACUUGCGGCCAGAAGCCAAGGUGAACAAGACGGUCUCGGAGGCGCUGAGUGAGAGGUACAUUCCACUGAGCGAGAGGGACAACACGGUGCUCCGGGGCGUUUGAGGGACUGGGGGGUAUAGAUUGUAGCAGUGAACGGCAUGGUUGCGUUUGUAUCAGGGCAUAGAUCAAUGUACAUGUACGCGCUCUCUGUUGUCAAGUAUGGCGACGCGAUGACCUUGUCGACAGGACCAUGCUAAGGUGCAGGUCUCUCUACAGCCCAGUGCGGACUUCAGGU